GUGCGACUAGAGACAAGCAAAAGAAGAAGAACAAAAAUAUAAUUUUCUCUAGGAAAAAAAUAUUUAAAAUGGAAGCUUCUAUCCGAAAGAGAGACUUAUACACAGAAAUAGAACAAAACGCUCAAGUCGCAGCCAAAAGACUUUGGAAAGUCGUGCGGAUCGUCUUCUGCGUUUUGAAAACCGGUACGGUCAGAAACAAGCUCAUGCUUGACUUAAACCUAAUGCUCGAGAGAGGGAACAAAGCCAUCACUAACCUCCGCCGCCGACGUUCUAGCUUCACUGGCGGCGCUGACGUUACCUCAUCCGCACGCGUCCGUGACUACGAGUUCAGCUGCAGCAACACCCCAGCGAAUGACCCUUUUGCCUAUAUGUGCAAACGCAAACGCCGCGUCCACGGCGGUAUGGACAAGGAAGACGCUGUAACAGAAGCGGUUAAGAAGGUUUUUGAGUUGUUAGGGGAGAAUGACACGAAUGCGGCGGCCAUGGUGGGGGUAGCGGCUGGAGAGUCUCCAUUGAUGGCGUUUCCAGGGGUGAGAGUGACCGAUUCGCCGUUUCCAUUAGACGACGGAGGAGACCAUGAUCACUUGGUGGAUAAAGCGGCGGAGGAGUUUAUAAAGAAGUUUUAUAAGAACCUUAAGUUGCAAAAGAAGAUGGGGAACGCGUUAGAGUCGCCGUACCACGACGGUUGGGUUAGGUGAUGCGUGCCUUUAGUGACCAAAGAUUGCUUCAUGACUCAUGCACAAAUGAAAUAAUAAGGGAAAUAUUGAGUGGAACAGUGAUUUUCAAGUUUUCUUAGAUAUAUUUCCCUUCGAGUGUUGUUGUAUACUUGGAUUUGACUUAUGUUUGUCUCUUCGGUAAAAGAUGUAAACAUGGCUGUGUAUAUAUUUUCUUAUCAUAGUGAAAAAAAUACUAUAUCGGUGAG